UUCUGGGAUCACAUCACUCAGUCAGAUCACUGAUCAUUGCAUCAGUGUAAAGGCUGAGAAUAAUACAAUAAUGGCUUUCGAUGCAUUCGAUGCGUAUUAAUUGCUAUCGAAAACGCAAGUGCAGAAUUGGGCAGAAUAGAAUCAUUUUUUUAGCACGAUGGGGAGACAAACUUACAAAAAAUAUGUAUACUAUUUAAAAUCAACAGGAAUUUGUAUUGUUGUGAUGGGGAGUUGCUGGUUUCUGUGCCAAUUACGACAAAUGUCACAGAUUUUAAGAUCUACAGUACCCACUAAUGCUUUAAACUUAGAACAAGCACACGCACAAUAUAUUUAUAUUGACGAUCCUCGAUAUAAAGAUGUGUUUAUGUUUCGAAAGACUGAAAACUUGCAAACAUUUGUACCAGAACAAUCAUUUUCUUUCAGUCAUGUCAUAAUGAAAUGGUGGAAAUCGCUAAAUCGUAAUGUAGCAUACAAAUUAUUACAUAUGGCACAGAAUGGAGAUAAAACAGAACGAUUAAAGGCCAUGCACACAUUAAAUUCCUUAAAAUAUUUGAAAGAUUGGCAUUAUCAACAUAUUGCACAGAUGUUGGAUGCUAAAAUUGCAGUGUCUCUAGCAAGAAUGCCAAACGUUGAUACAAAGUUUUUUUUAAAGCCACCAUACUAUCAUGCACAGCAUAAAUUAUACGAUGUAAUAGAAAAAGCACAUUGUUUGCUCCUUCAUUUAAAUACGUUAUCUAAAAAUACACAUCCAUGUCUCAUUCAGUUUUUGAAUAAUAAAUUCAGAGAUUCACAACGUGAUGGUUUGGUAUUCGAUCACGAUUUAUCAAGCAUAGGAUUAGCUGCUUCUCCAGCUGUAAUAUGGGAUCAGGAAUUAUUGCAGAGUUGUGUUCAAGCAUUAUGUCAUCAUUCUUGUCUUGAACAGUAUAGUAAAGAUAUUGUUGAAGCAGGAGGACUUCAAGUAUUGAUGAUGAUAAAAAAAAUUUUUAAUGAUAAUAUUAAUAUCUGCAUAUUACUUGCAAAGAUAAUUUCCAAUAUUUCUCUUCAUUCAGAAUAUUUGGAACAAAUUUUUCAAGCAGGAUGGGUUGGUGCAUUAGUAGAAUGGUCUCAUAAUUUUGAUAUAAGAUUAUCAGUACCAGCAAGUCGCGCAUUAGCAAAUUUAGAUGACGAAAACGAAUGUGUUAAAUAUCCAAGACGCGUUUAUCUUCUUCACCCUUUAUAUAAGACUAGAACGAAUACAAAGUUAGAUGUUGUUUUUCUCCACGGACUUCUUGGUGGUGUGUUUGUAACUUGGAGGCAAAGAGAUGAAGAAAUACCCACACAUGGUGUUGUAGAUCCUUACAUGGUGGAUCAUGGGACUGAUAAUCUUUCAACCAUGAUAGGUGAACAAUCUCAAGAGUUUUUAAGAGAUUUAGCAUAUGAUUUGAGAAAGCGUGAAUGGGCUAGAUUAGGGCAAGAUUUUGAAGUGGUUUUAGAUGACUUUCCUCAAAAUACUAAUGAGAAAGCGUGUGGACCAUAUUCCUGUAGCGGGGACGAUCAUUGUGUAAAAAAAAGUGAACGUGAUAGAAGGUAUAGGACACAGUGUUGGCCAAAAGAUUGGUUACCUGAAGAUGUUCCAUACAUUAGAGUUAUUGGAGUGAAUUACGAUUCGAAUUUGUCAAUGUGGACUCCUUUGUGUCCGAUAGAAGGCAUGAAAGCCACAUUGAGAGAAAGAAGUGAAGAAUAUAUUGGGAAACUAGUAACUGCAGGUAUUGGAACACGACAAACAAUAUGGGUAUGUCACUCAAUGGGUGGUUUACUAGUAAAAAAGAUGCUUGUUGAUGAAUGGAAAAAUGGCGAUAAAAAUAAUAUAUGUAAAAAUACUCGCGGCAUAAUAUUUUAUAGUACACCCCAUCGAGGUUCUCGAGUAGCAGUUUUAACACAAACAACACAAAUGCUGGUGUGGCCAUCGGUGGAAGUACAGGAACUUCGCGAAGAAUCACCACAUUUGUUACAAUUGCACGAAGAAUUUUUAGACAUGUUGAAGGAAUUUCCCAUAGAAAUUGUUAGUUUUAGUGAAACUAAAUCAACACUUGUGACUGCGUUGAAGGUUCCAUUUCAGUUCGUUACUUCUAAUUCAGCUGAUCCUGGUGUCGGUGAAUUUUAUGAAAUUGCUCAAGAUCAUUUAUCCAUAUGUAAACCAGCUAGCAGACAUUCCUUCCUGUACCAAAAAUUGUUGAGCAUUCUAAAACGUCAUGUAACUCCUAAAGAGGAAACAAAAAUUUCUCCAAUUAUGGAAUUAUUAUCCUUACCAAGUAAAUUAUUUUGAUCCUGUAGAAUCUUUUUAGUUUUUGUA